UGAUAAGUAAAAUACCUAUCCAGCAUUGUAAGAUCUGGCAACGUCUAUACAGUGGACGGGACCUAAGCAUACACCAGUGAGUGAGUGAGUACAGUGGCUGUGUGUUUGGUCUGUAUAGCCUACCAGUGCUACCUGCGGUUUGUCCAGGAUACAUUAUUUUGUAGCCUACUGAUAACAAUUGUCCGCAAAACGCCUAAUGGAUUUUCAUCACUCAACUUCAUUGACUGUGUACUUGUUGUCCAUCCUUGGAUAUUGUGCUGGUCAAGAUGCACUUCCAUCUGGACCUGUGAAUGGAACAUUGGGAGGAAAUGUGAUUUUCAAAACCACCAUCAAUCCAACCACACUUUUUGCAAUCAGCUGGACUUUUGGUGAACCCCCUGUCUCCGUUGUUGACUUUGUCAGUUCUGCAGGUUCUGUGAUCGGAGUGGGAUAUGUUGGUAGGAUCAGUCUGGACAAUAGCACUGGAUCUCUGGAGCUCAGGAAACUGACCCUGAUUGACAGUGGGACAUACAGAGUGAGCCUAAGAACGGCUGAUGUUAUUCAGGUGGGAUCUACUUCACUGAUUGUCUAUGAGACCAUUUCAAACGUGACCCUGAGGGCCAACGUCAUUGAUCUAAUGGAACUGAAUGACACUGUCAUUUUCUCCUGCUCUGUGUCCUCUGGCUCCUCCCCCUUCUCUUACCGCUGGCUGAAUGGCAGCUCUGAGGUCACAGCCAGAUAUGGAAUUCAGCUUGGUGAUGGAGGCCGUACUCUCACCAUAGCCAAUGUGACCCGGUAUGACCAGGGGCCAUACAGGUGUAUUGUGUCCAACCCCGUCAGCAGUAAACCCAGCCAGAAUCUAACCCUCAUCAUCAGCUAUGGUCCAGAAAACACCACAAUGAAGGUGACCCCUCUAGAUGUACUGUAUGGAUCAGGGUCAAACCUCACCCUGUCCUGCUCAGCUGAGUCCAGUCCGUCUGCCCAGUUUCAGUGGCUUCUGAAUGGAACACUGCUGUCCAAUAACGGACCAGAACUCAGGCUGGAGAACAUCCAGGCCAAUCAGAGUGGUAGCUACAGCUGCUGGGCCCAUAACACCAGAACCCUGAGGUACCAGAUAUCUGAGCCCUCUGACAUCACUGUGCUGGAACCAAUAUCUGGUGCUAACAUCACAACUACCCCAAACUCUUCAAUCAUCGAGGGAGGCUCUGUGAACUUAACCUGUGAUGCUUCUGGCGCCAUCAUCACCAGAGAGUGGAUGAAAGAUGGUCACCCUCUGUCUGCUGGUGGCAACAUAAUCAUCUCUGAGGAUAAGAGAGUGCUGUCCAUAAACCCUGUGAAGAGAACAGACAGUGGAGAAUACCGGUGUAGAGUCAGCAACCCCAUCAGCACCGCUAAUGCUAAACACGGUCUCAUUGUAAACUAUGGACCUGAUGGUAUGGAAAUAAUGGGUCCAUCUGAAAUAGAAGUAGGACAGAAGAUUACAUUGACCUGCUCUGCUGACUCCAUACCGACUUCUAGUUACACCUGGGUGCUUAACGGGACAGAGAUACCUGGACAUUCACCUGAGUUCACUAAAGAGAAGAGUGAAUACUCUGACAGUGGGGAUUACACCUGUACAGCAACAAAUAAUGUCACUGGAAACAAAACAUCUGUGGUCCAUAAACUGUCAGUAAAAACGGAGGGCUCUCUAUCUCAGGGUCUGUCUGCUGGUGCCAUUGCUGGGAUUGUGAUUGGAGUAUUGUUGGUUUUGGGAGUGGCAGUUGGUGUGGCGGUCUACUUCAUGAAGAUAAAGGGUUUCUUCAAGAAAGAAUCCUCCAGGAGUGUUGGCAACACAGGUAAAAGCUCUGCUAACGGAGGGGGACCAGGAGGAAACCAGCCGGCUCUUUGUCCUCCGUACCUGCGUCGCCUUCUCUUGCAAAUAACGGGGAUGAUGGCCCUGUCGAGUGUUUGGAGAAUGUCUUGUGCGUCUUGCUUGUUGAAGAAAUAUCUUCGUCUAAUCCAAGGACCUGAACUAUGCAGACAUCACACAAUUCCAGAAGAGGGAUGGUGGGUCAGUUCAGCUGGGGAACCUGGGUACUUCCUCCACAGAGUACGCUCAGGUCCGAGUCAACAACCGGCCUGGUCAGCCUGCCGAACCACCCACCUACAAAUCCCACCAUUCCUAGGUGAAAAAGCCUGGCCUUAAGCCUGCCCCCGACGCUGCCUCCACCAUCUACUCAGACGUUCGAAGGAAAGGACCACGCCUCCCUGUCAAUCAUCUGGACCAGUUGGGGUCAGUCAGGGUGACCAGACCUGUUCAGACAUGGUCAAUGAAGCCCCACAACCUUCUCUGUGUCUGUGCCAACCAAAUGUUUUCUAAUACUGUAUCCCUUAUUAGGCCUUACAGAUCCCUGGACAAACAAAAAUAUCAGUUGACCCCUUAGCUAUUAUCAAUUGAUUGGGUGCUCAUCUGUUUUAUAAUUUGCGCUCAACUAAUUAGUAAAGAAAUUAUAUUUUAUUGAUAAUGUCGUAAUAGAUCAUCAAAACGUGACAGAUCGUGAAUAUUUGUAUGACACAAAAAAUACAGCUACAUACACAAUGUGCCAUAAACCCUCUACAGCAGGGAUCAUCAUCUAGAUUCAGCCGCGGGCCAAUUUUUGUUGUUGUUGAAUGGAUGGUCUGGGGGGCGGGAACAUAAUUAUAAAUAUUUUGUAGACUGAAAAUGUCCUUCAAGAAGCCCAAACAGAUAUAAUGUUUGACUAAAACAUAAUAAUUUCAAACCUUGCUUACAUUUAUUUGUGUAUAAUCAUGUGUCUCUCUAUAAUGCUUGGGAAUACUUGGGAACAGAUUUCUUAAAUUGAAAUCACUUGGAGCGGAUUCCUUGUGUUUUUCCAGUCUUAUGUCCAACAACGAAACUACAAAUUUAUAAAAUUUAAAACAUUUGCUUGGAGGGCCAAAUGAGACCACCUGCGGGCCAAAUUCGUGGGAGGUUCUACCUAAUAUCAUAUGGAAUUGUUUUAAGAUGGUCAUACUAAGGAUAGUUUAGCUAUUUGAGUUUGAAUUUUAAGACUGCUUAAAGAUAGUCUCUCUUACUGCUCUUUUCAGUUCUAAUACAUACUGUUGAGGUGACUGGAGGCCUAUUAUACCACAAAUUGGGAAAAGCAUUAGCAUGCAUCCCAUGGUUUAGCAGAAUAGCAACAUAGAGGAACACCAUCUCUCAGGGUGACGUGGGUACCAUUGCCCUGGUCAUUUGCAUGUACGGUGUACAUGAUACCUUUAUGUACUGUUAUAUCAUAAAAGGGAAAUUAAAUAACCCUGUGUGCAGUAUGUGUAAAGGAUCGAUACUAUGUCUGUUUUGUUUAUUAGCAAUAUAUGGCUCUCUCACAGUUGCUUUGUUUCUCUGGUUAUAUUUUUUUAGUGUACAGGAUGUACAUUCAGGAAUUAUUCGUGUUAAUAAUUUCCCUAUGGCUAUUUGAUUAUUAAAACAACAGUAACAAGAUAGGAAUUAAAGAUACUAUAUUACUUAUUUCUGACAAUCUUCUCUGUAAGUUGAAAUGAACGAAACCAACAAUGGUUAUGUCGGUGACAAGGCUCAGUAGCACAUCUAUCAUAGAACUACCUUUAUUUUUGCUUGUGGACAACAUAGUCCCAACCAUGCCAUGGGAAGUUGUUAAACACUGCACUACCCAUUUAGCUUUGAUAAUAAAGCUGUAUUUAUUAUUAAGGACAUUUUCUACAAUGAUGCUUUAACCUGAAACUUCCUUCAGCAACUUAUAUCAAAUUGUGUUGGUCACAUAGACAUGGUUAGCAGAUGUUAUUGUAAGUGUAGCGAAAUGCUUGUGCUUCUAGUUCCGACAGUGCAGCAAUAUCAACAAGUAAUCUAACAAUUACACAACUACCUACUAUAGUUUUAUGUUUAAAUUAUUAAAUGAAUGUACAGUGUGUGAGAAAACAGGCUUGAUUUACAGUAAGAUACAUUUGUUAAUCUUUAUAAUUGCCAGCUUUAUUCUGGUUUGUUGUGGUUCAAAGCAUUUUUGGUAUUUGUGAAUCCACCUAUGUUUGAGUCAUUAUGUAUUUUCAGCAAAAAUAGUGUCUGUAUGCUUAAGCGUUGUUUAUUUAAUGUCAAAUGUACUGUACAUGAUUUAGUGCCAUAUCUACUCCCAAACCAAACAUUCCAGUCUAUCUACUCCCAAACCAAUCAUAGAGUCGUUAUGUACAAACACAGGGGAAGGCACAGCAUGUGUAGUGUUAUGCUCCAACAUCAAAGGCCCUCUUGUUCAACCCUCUCAAUACACUUAGUAGUUCCUUUAUACUCAUGAAUCCAUUGGUUCCUAUGAUGUAAAUGUGGGCUUGUCAUUGAAGUUUUACUGUUCCUCCUGUUGACUGGUACUGUACAUACUGAACAUGAUUAUUAUGCAUAAUGAAUUUUAGACUUGUCUGCCUUUAAAAAAAGAGGAAUACAACUUUGUUUUGAAAUAAUUGCACUUUUAUGGAAGAAUUAGAAUUUUUAUUCCAAUAAAUUAUAUUUGCUGUAACAUGG